AUGGGCACAGUGCGCGGUGCUAGGCCGCCGUCCCAAACCGCGUACUACGUGGCCCUGGCAGGAAUACUGGUCUUACUGGCACUCCUACUGUGCUACUUCUUCUACUUCUGCGUCAAACGGAUUAAGGAGUUAUCUCACGCAACGUUCCCCGAGCCGGUCACGUCGGUGAGACCGCCGCCCGCCCCGCCAAAGCCCAAGUCGCAAGCUUACCCUGUACAGCCUGGUGUACGUGAGAGCGCGACGGCGAUGGCCCGCCUGUGCAAGCUGCCUCCAGCACCGACACACACCGACACAGUGUUCCCCUCAAGCCGCUCGCCAGCACACAGCGCCGUGUCACUGCCUGCGCCCAGGAUCAUCAGCCAGCCACCGUCGCCAGUUGGAAAACAGAUCGCCAGCGUACCGCCCACUGAGGCUGACUAAAUGACCACCAGGGAUCUAUUUAGAAUAGAAUAGAAUAUCUUUAUUUGUCCACACACAAGUGAACAAAAGUUGUGGCGCUGGUUUUCAGGUGAAACCUUGUGUGUUCACGGACGUGUCUACGACUAUGGUUAACUUAAAACUUACAACAAACCAAAUCUAUUCCUGAUGAUAACAAUAUAUGUAUAUUAAACUAAAGUUUAAUAAGUUUAAUUAGUUCGUGCCAUUUUGUAUGGGGCGUUUUUCAGGGAUCCGUGGCAGCGCCGCAAAUCUGACCAUUUAAAUCCCUGUAGCUCCGAAAGUAAUGAUCGCAAAUACCCUGUUCCUUUUACAAAAUUGCUUUACUAUUAGCAUACUCUUAAUUUAUACAAUUUAAAAAUCUGUCAUCAUCCCUAUUGGCCGUUAAGGGUUACUAUGUAUCCCGAACCACCGACGAUCUAUUACAUCGUUUUUAGUUUCGCCAUGUUAGUCUGUCUGUCCGCGAUUUAGUGCAGAGACUACAAUGCUGUAUAGUCUGGCAAGCUCGUUGAUGACACUCGUGGUGUGAAAUCGUGCGUGCGGGGAAGUGAGGUGCAUCAGUCGUGGGUUUUUCAUUCAUCGCUACACGGCCCCCGGCCUGCGCAGACCAUCGGGAGUGUUACGAACGAAGUUGCCAAGCUAUAAUUUAGCAUGACUAUGAACAUCUUCCGAUGUUGAUUUAUCGUUAUUUAAUGUACCUAUUGGAGUUAUUUAUACCAUUUUGCCAGAUUUUCUCAUAAAAAUGUUUAUUUACACAAGUCAAUUUGUAUAUACUUAUUGCAUUAACUUGUAUUGUCGGUAUAUUUUUUUUUAUAAUUCAAGUUCCAAAUGAUGACAGAAGAUAUUUAUCAGUAUAAAAAUAUGCAAACGUCAUGUAUUGGAUGGAUACCUAUGUAUACCUAAACAUGUAAAAAAAAUAAUAAGAAUUAACCCUUAGCACCACCCGUUAUUUCCAACCAAACAUAUAACACACACUCGUGGGGGAGCUAGGUCCGCCAUAUAUCAUACUAGCGGACGCCCGCGACUUCGUCCGCGUAAAUUUCGAUGUCAACUUUACUACUACCCCUACCCUACCCUACCACUACCCCAACGCUACCCUACCCUACCACUACCCCAACGCUACCCUACCCAACCCCUACCCUACCACUACCCCAACCCUACCCUACCCUACCCCUACCCUACCACUUCCCUAUCCUACCCGUACCUCUACUCUACCACUACCCUACCUCUACCCCUACCCUACCACUACCCUAAACCCGGCCCUAAACCUACCCUACCCCUACGCUUCCCUACCCGUACCCUACCCUACCCUGUAACUUCUCUAUCUUACUCCUACCCUUAGCAAAAUCGGUCCAGUCCUUCGAGAGUGGUGGUAUGACCAAGAGAAAUAGAGACUUCUAUGCUAAUAAUAUAAAGAGGUAAAGUUCGUGUGGUUGUAGGAGGUAAUCUCUGGAUCUACUGGACCGAUUUGGAAAAUUGUUUUACCAAUAGAAAGCUACGUUAUUUGCGAGUGUCAUAGGCUAUGUUUGAUCCCCAUAUUCACACGGGAACGGAAACUACGUAAAUGAAAGCGCCGUGCGUCAUAUAGCGGAAUUUCUGCGUCUUUUAGAAAUUUCGUAUUAUCUCCGAAACUAUUUAACUAAUUAACAUACUGUAAAGGGCAAAUCGUAUCUCCAUAAUAUCCUGGUGAUUAUUAAAUAAUUUAUUUUAAUAAGGAUUAAAGUUUAGUUGUAUAAAUAAUGACGUUAACCCAAGUAUAUAAAAUUAAUAAUUUUUAAAACACAAAAGGUACUAUAUCUGCUAAUAUAUAGAAGAUAGAUGUAUGGUGUCGCGGACUUUUUUGUAGAACUUUUAAAGAUACAUAAAGUCUAUAUACAUUAAUUUCAAUUUUACACAAUAGUUAAGGCAGCGCAUGCGAAUAAGUCUGUUUAAGAGGAUUUUCAAUCCGACCUGUAUGACAAAAACUGUGAUAACUCGGCUAAUAUAUAUGAUACCAAUAUAAAAUAUAGCCUAUAGCACUCCCCGAUAAUGUAGCAUUCUACUGGUGAAAGAAUUUUUAAAAUCGGACCAGUAGUUCCGAAGAUUACCCCAUUUAAAAAAUGUGACAAACUUACAAACUUUACCUCUUUAUAAUAUUAGUAUAGAUUUUAUUUAAUUGGAAAUUAACAUUUUAUUUCAGUUUUUUUUUUGGUAAAAAUAAAAAUAUUAAAAGACAUAAUAUUACUAGUCAGCAAACAUUAAACAAAAAUGUAAUAUUUAUAUCGUGUUACUUAAAAUAAGUAGGUAAAGUUUGAAGUUUUGGUAACAUUUUUUUUAAAUCUAAUUCAUGACUGACUAUAGAAACUGAAGAACAAAGACAAUUUAACUUUAAAAAUUUACUUGAUUUUUGAAGUUAAAUUGUCUUUCUACGUUAACUUUUAAUAAUUACUAACUUACUCUUUUUAUAUAGGUAUUGAUGUAUCUAUGCUCAA